AUGUCGCCCGGCCCUUCGUCUCCGAUUCUCUCCCCCCUCGAAGCCGCCGAAGACCCCGCCACGAGGCCCGAUCUCGUUCACUCCCUGUCCCACACGAGCACCGUCCUCGCUCUCGCCGUCAGUCCACAGCACGAGACCAUCUACGCCGGUACACAAGAUGGAGAGAUCGUAGCAUGGUCUCUCGAAACGUUCCGCCAAGUUCGCCGCGUUCAGGCCCAUAAACGUAGUGUCCUUUCGUUAUCGCUAUCACCUGAUGCAUCCCUGUUGUUCUCCAGCGCCGGAGACCCCAUCAUCAACGUUUGGGAUCCCAAGACCUUGACACGACUUUACGAAAUUUACGGCUCCUACGACGUCGGCGAUAUCUUCUGUACUGCAUACAGUCCUCAACAUGAGACCCUUUACAUCGGUGCUCAGAAUGCCACCAUUCAAUGGGUUGGUCUGAACGACGUUACGGCCCGCGUAUCCCCCGAAUCACAACAACAUCCUGACCGACGCAACCAUCGCUUUUUCGACUCCAAAGCUGUCGGUGGCGGCGCAAGUACACCCCGACGUAACGACGACCGAUGGGGAUUGAUUCCCAAAUCACAUAAUGUUCUCGAAAUGCACUCUGGCUGCGUUAGGAACUUUGCGCACUACGGCUAUGUGUACUGCAUGAUCAUGGCCAAGGGUCCGACAGUGGACGUGGGUACUGACGACGAUGUCCUGAUCUCUGGUGCGGGCGAUGGCACUAUCAAGCUUUGGAGUUUGGGGCAUAAGGUUGAGGAUGAUGAGGAGCUUAGUGGUGGUAUCCAAGAGAUCAUGACCCUAGGCGCGGACGAUGGCGAGUCAGUCCUGUCUUUGGCACUUGACAGCUCGUUCCUGUACGCCGGCAAACUCGACGGCAUUGUUGAGCUGUGGGAUCUUGACACGGCACAGCGAUUGAGGGUCAUCAAGGCACAUGACUGCGAUAUCAUGUCGAUUCAAAUGGGUUGGGGAUAUUUGUGGACUGCCGCAACUAAUGGUUGGGCCAGCAAAUACAGCACCACUCACUACGGCAAAUAUCAACAUGUUGCGUCCGGGGCUGUUCCGCAAAAAUACCAGUGUCUUCUCCGUUGGGAGGCUCAUCAAGGAAAGGUCCUCGCAUCAGCAGUGACCAACUACAAAAACAAACAGUAUUUCAUCACCGGCGCCAACGACGAUAACAUCUCCAUCUGGUCCAUCGACAGUGACAAGUGCAACAAUAGAGAAAAGGAAGUCUCGCAGGCUUCGGACAGCCUCUUACUAUCGUCUCUGCGGGAGUUUGUAUCAUACAAGACUGUAUCAUCUCGUCCCGAGUUUGCAGAAGACUGUCGCAAAGGAGCGACCUACCUCGGUGCAUUGUUCAAGCGCCUGGGCGGAGAUGUCGAGCUGCUCAGCACCGAAAAGCAUCACAAUCCCGUUGUCUACGCCAGAUUCUCAGCCAAGAAGGAAACGGCCAAGAAGCGAAAACAAAUUCUGUUCUAUGGCCAUUACGAUGUCGUUGCCGCGGAUAGCCGCAAGGGCAAAUGGGAAACGGACCCAUUCACCAUGCAAGGAACCAAUGGCUACUUAUACGGUCGCGGAGUCAGCGACAACAAGGGGCCUAUCAUCGCAGCUCUGUAUGCGGUGACUGAUCUGAUAGAGAAUCAGCAGCUGGAGAACGAUGUCAUCUUCCUGAUUGAGGGUGAAGAGGAGUUCGGAUCGCUAGGUUUUGAAGAGGCAGUCAAGAAGAACAAAGACCUGAUUGGCGAAGUGGAUUAUAUCCUGCUUGCCAACAGUUACUGGCUGGAUGAUGAGGUGCCAUGCCUGACAUACGGCCUCCGUGGUGUCUUGCAUACAACCGUGUGCGUUGAUGCGCCCCGUCCAGAUAUCCACUCGGGCGUCGACGGCUCCUACAUGAUGAACGAGCCACUUUCAGAUCUUACACAGAUCCUUGGCAAACUCAAGGGACGCGGCAACCGUGUGCAAAUUCCUGGAUUUUACGAUGGCAUCCUGCCGGUGACACCUGAAGAGGAAGCCCGCUACGAUGAUAUUGCACAGAUCUUGAUUCGCAGCAACCCUGAGAAGGGCCCUGAAGAGAGACUCAAGCAGUCCCUCAUGGCGCGAUGGCGGGAACCCAAUCUGACACUCCACCGCUACAAGGUUUCUGGUCCCGAUGGUAGUCUGGUGAGCAGUCACGCCAGCUCGCACAUCAGUGUGCGUAUGGUACCAGGGCAAGAAGUGGAUAGUGUGAUCGAAGCUCUCACAAAAUUCCUCGAAAAUGAAUUUGAACAGCUCGAGUCACAGAAUAAGUUGACCAUCACCGUGGACAACAGAGCUGAGCCAUGGCUCGGAGACCCCACCAAUGCCAUUUUCCAGACCCUGGAAAAGGCCAUCCUGGAGACAUGGGAGGACUGCUUCGAGACAUCAGCCUCAUCCGGAGAAGCUACACCUGAUGAAAGCAAUACCAAAGCAGAGAAGUCCAAGGAGGAGGAAGUGCUGUCCGUCAAGACCAAGCUAGGCAAACCCCGUAAGCCGCUCUACAUCCGCGAAGGCGGUUCCAUCCCAGCGAUCAGAUUCCUGGAGAAGGAGUUUGGAGCACCAGCUGCUCAUCUUCCCUGCGGACAGUCGAGUGACGCUGCGCAUCUGGACAACGAGAGGCUGUGUUUGUUAAAUCUUGUGAAGGCGCGCGAGAUCUUUGGCAAGGUGUUUAGGCGGCUGUAA